UAUUUUUAUUCUUCCACAUAGGCACCACAGAUUAAGCAAACUUUAUAGUAGCCUAUCCUGAUUCGAAUAAGAACGUUACAAUUAGAUGCGUUGUAAUAUCAUAACUGUUUUGUAAAUAACGAUUUCUGCCGCAAACGUACACUGUUGGCUAAUGUUUACCUAAGUUUGAUAGCUAACGUUAACAGCAUACUUAGUAACAGGCUAAAAGUAUGAACUUUUACACAAACUCUAGAUUCGCUCUGAAAUUAUAUGACUAUCCACUAUCCAUUGUCAAGCCAUAAAUCGACAGGGGUAAUGUAGGCUAGGCUACUGAACGCAGCAUGGAAGGAACAACCAUUGAAGUUUGUGGAGUGCCUGAUAGCCUUCCCCCCGACCGGAUUGUGGACAAGCUCACAAUCCACUUUUUACGACCGAGACAUGGGGGCGGGGAGGUUCUGAAAGUAAUUUAUCCCACCUCCACAAAAGGGCAAGCCUUUGUCGUAUUCGAGCUCGGUGAAGUGGCGGCCCAGGUUGCACAUUUGAAGCAGACCUUGGACAUGGGCCUAUCUGAGCAGUUUCCCCUGAAGGUUAAGAUUAUAGACCGGUCUGAGGUGGACCUACCUGUUCAGGCCAUGUUGGACCUGUCCAUGUUCCCUGACCAGAGUGAAGUCCAUCAUCUCCUGAAGAAGCACAACUUUAAGGUGACUCAGGCCAGCUCCAGUCCCGGCAAAACGGUGCUGCUGGAGGGGACUUUCCUGAGCCUGCGUGCGGUCCGUGCCCAGCUCCAGAAACAGCUGCAGGAGCCGCUCAGGCACCACACUGGGCAUCACGCCAAUGGAGACCGUCCUUUGUCGCCCUUAGAUGGCAUCGUCUCAGGUGCGCUCCCCGAACACUCAUCCAGAACGCUGCCCCACUUGAACGGGUCACAUGGUUACAUGAGUGAGCGGCCGUUUAACAGCUCACAGGACUAUCUGAGCCCAAGUAGCUUGUCAGUUAGCAGGAGCCCGACAGGGUUAGAUAGCUCUUCCUCUAACUCAGAGCAGUCGCUUUCGUCAUAUUAUCUCUCGCGGGAUGGGAGGUCUUCUCGAAACCCAAGCUAUUUUCUGCAGGAUUCGGGAGCUCCUCAAAGCUUACCCAUCUUUCCAAGCGACAAUUUGACAACCAAACCACCACUGCAGCGGGAGACAUCGUCAACAAGGGAGACCACCCUUGUGGUGGAUACAGAUGUGUUUUGCUAUACCUGGAGCUUCAGAAAAGACUAUGCAGACACCAUACUUAAAAAAUAUGCCAUAGAAUGUAGAACAGAUGGGAAUUCAGAGGUAAAAAACCUUACUCUGAAGGGUAGAGAGUGUGAGAGAGCCAAGCAGGAGCUGGGUGGUCUAUUCGAGAGCGUUUCCUUGUCAUUAUGCACCCAAGAGAUACCUUUGUCUGGACUCAGUCAUCCGAUGAGAUCACAAAUUGCCAAACAGAUCCAGAAAUAUAAAGAUAUAUUAAAAGUGAUAGUCAGACAAACGGAGAAGUCAAUCGUAAUCAUCGGAUCUUCCUCAGAGAGCUAUGAGAUGAAGCAGCGAGUUUUAGGAGAACCUGUAGGCUUACCAGCGUCUGGACGUACAGGCCGAGACACUGAACGAGGGCCAAGAACUCGGCGUAGUUCAUCCUUGCCCAAACAGCAGAAGUUAAGGUAUGACCAGGACAGUAGAACAAGGCUGGACUCUGCUGGGCCUCAGACCUAUUCUCCGUCACAUUACCAGGACAGUAAGCACCAUGAAGAAGCGGCCAUGGCAAGGUCACACAGUAGAACCAGCUCAGAGAGCAGAGAGAGGACAGUGGCCCAGAGGCCUGUUCCCAAUGCACAACAGGAGCCUAUUACGCCCUCUAGAGGGCGACAAUUACCAUUAAUGAAGAAACCACUACAUUUUUUAGAAAGAAAUGCAGCGUCACUUAAAAGCAAAUUUACCAAGCAAAAAUAGUCUCAGAUUCUCAGUCUAACUUCUGUUUCGCACUACAAAAUUUGACAAGCUACUAGUAACAGCUUGUAAUUAUGACUUUACAUUAAUGACAAAUAACAUGUCGCUCAUACCAGAUUAAGUCAUAUAGACAUAAGUAGUUUUCAUAAUUACUAUUAAAUGCCAUUGUCAGGUUGAAUACAUUGCCUAUUAAUUUUGCCUGUAUAAAUUAAUCACAUAAAAUAUGCACACUGGAUUGGAUCUCAUUUCUGGGUUUUUUCAAUUUGCACCUCUUUAAUAGGGGCAUAGGGUCAAAUCAUGGAGGUAAUAUCUAUUUUGAUUAUUUAUUAAUUUAUUAUGGAUUAUGGAAGGCUUGUCUGUUUUGACUGAAGGUGCUUUGUAUGGCCUGUAUAGACUUUUUGGAUGUCUGAUUUAAAAAGUGUUUUUUUUUUUCUUUUCUGAAAAAGUGAUAAAUAGCAUAAUACUUCUGAAAGAGUCUUGCUUGCAAUGUUUGAUCUGAAUUGCAUUUGGAGAAAAUUAUUUGUAUUGACAUUAAACAUAGAGAAUUAAAGCCUCAUUGCAUAUAGUUCAUAUUUUUGCCACCUUUGGAUGUUCUUUGGAUAAUUUCUGGGUCUAACUGCCUAUUUAAGUUUAGUUUUCUGUAACCAGGUCCUCCCGUGUCAGUGUUUGUCAGUGCCAUGGCAACAGAAACUGUGGUGAAAAUUGAGGAAGUCCUCCCCAUUGGUCCUGAAAAUGAGCAGGAAGUGAGCUGGUCUGGUAGUUUCAAAAUCAGGCUCCUCUUUGCUGGAGAAAGCUGGUCUUAUAUGGUAAAGGACUGGAGGACACAGGAGUUAAUAGCCUGUGCAGAGGCAAUACAUACAGUAGUCUACAAUAGAUUGUGUACAGAGUCCAUGCACUGUAGCCUUUAGACAUGACCAGUGCUAUAGAUAUUGUGAUAUUGAACCACCAUUUUAACGUUUUGAGGGCAUGUAUAGAAAUUUAUAUUGGAAUGAACAUUCCUUUAUUUUGUUCAGAACAAGCCUCAGAUAGUUAAAGUCUACCCAAAGAAGUAGGAAUACUACAGUGCCAUUUCAUCAUAAAUGGAAAACCCUUUUUGUAUGCAUGCACAAUGGCACAGAUAGGCUGUUUAACUUGGGCAAUCAUGACCUGUCUGUACGUGCCCACGUUACUAUCUGCUUCAUCCAAAAGACUAAAACAGGUUCAGCAGAGGGCUUAAAUAUUUUGUUCAAAUACAGACAAAUAAAUGUUGAAGCUGCAGUGGGUAAAGCCUUAUGUUCACCACAAGCUACUUAUAAAUUAUGAAGCUGACAGCCGGCAUCAUAACUGCAUUGAAAUACAUCUUUACAUUUCUAGACAGCUUUGAACAGAUACACUAUGUUGCUUCUUCAUUGCUUAGCAGCUGUUUGUUGUGAAAUACCACUGUGUUGUGUCAGGGUCACAACUGUGACCAUAUCCUGUUGCCAAAAUUAUUCUCAAGCCCCCAAAGCCACAGCUUUCUUCUCUUCAGUAAGAUCUGGACAUGAGUGACCUGGCUGGGUGUUGGUUUGGCCAUCCACUGUCUCUGUGUGAGAAUUAUGUGACGUCAACAGAGAGGAAUGCACUGUUUACUGUUUACUGUUUGUUUCUGUAAUUAAAUACCAGCCCACUUGGUAAUAAUCUGAUAGUGAUCAUUUUUUGCUUGGGUCUUUCUGUCUCCCCCUACAUGGCAGAGUUUGGCUCCUCUCCACGCUGGUACAGCUCUCUCACACACCACAAGCUCUUGGUUGGUCGAUGACGACAUAGGGCAGAGAGGUCUAUGCCACGUUUGGCUCUGCCAUAACUGUCCGAUCGCUGCUGACUGACCAGGAAAUGCCAGGGUCCUUCCCAGGAGAUAAGAAUCCUCUCUGGGUUCCCCAGGGGGAAACCAGUGCGUCGCUGUCUGUCUUGAGCCCCGUUGAGCAGUCAAGACUUUGGAGGAGAGAGGUGGGCUAAAGACUAGAGAGAGAGAGAGAGAGAGAGAGAGAGAGAGAGAGAGGAAAGAGCGAAAGAAGGGGGAAAGAAAAGAAAAAGUGUUUUGCUCUUUUUUAGCAGCAUCUCUUUUGUCAUGACGAUUGCUCACGUAAAGAUGGAAGGCUGAGGCAAGAAGAGGAAGGCUGAGAAGCAGAAUGGCUUCAAGCGUUUUCGGAAGACAGAGCUAUUUUCAUGCCUCGGGCGUAUAUAUAGUCUCUUGCCUGCUCACAGACACACAUGUUGGAUGACGUGUUGUGGCUUGUUGACCGCAGCCCUGUGACUGUACUUCAGGCUUAGGCCUCGGCUCCAGAGAAACAGCCACAGCUAAGCCACGCCUACCGGCACUCACACACACGCACUCUGCCUGCCCUGCCUGAGUGUUUGGGCCCUGCCGGUUUAGAUGCACUUCUCUCUUCCUCUCUCUCUGUGUGUGUGUGUGUGUGUGCUCGCGUCUGUGUGUCUACCACCCCACACAGCCUCUCUCUCCUUCCCUUCUCUCUCUCUCUCUCUCUCUGUCUAUCUCUUCCCGCCAGCGAGAGACUGUAGACAGCAACCACCACCAUGGCGGAGCUGGAGGGCUUCGAAUUUGGCAAGUCGGACUUUGUGCUCCUGGACGAGGUCACCAUGGAGCAGUUCAUGGAGAACCUGAGGCUGAGGUUCGAGAAAGGACGCAUCUACACCUUUAUUGGGGAAGUGGUGGUGUCCGUUAACCCGUACAAACAGAUGGACAUCUAUGGGAAGGAGGUGAUUGAUGCAUACCGGGGCCGUGAGCUCUAUGAGAACCCUCCGCACCUGUACGCAGUGGCCGACGCUGCCUACAAGGCCAUGAAGAGGCGAGCCAAAGACACCUGCAUCGUUAUAUCAGGUGAGAGUGGAGCAGGCAAGACUGAAGCGAGCAAAUACAUCAUGCAGUACAUUGCUGCCAUUACUAACCCCUCCCAGAGAGAGGAAGUGGAGAGUGUGAAGAACGUUCUCCUGAAGUCUAACUGCGUUCUGGAGGCCUUUGGUAAUGCCAAGACCAACCGCAAUGACAACUCCAGCCGCUUUGGAAAGUACAUGGACAUCAACUUCAACUUCAAUGGAGAUCCUACAGGAGGUCAUAUCAACAACUACCUGCUAGAGAAGUCAAGGGUUGUGCAACAGCAAGCAGGCGAAAGAAACUUCCACUCUUUCUAUCAGUUAUUGCGUGGAGGCACUCCUGAGACGCUGAGGAAACUGCACCUUAAGAAAGAGCCAGAGGUCUAUGUCUACACCAAAGAGGGAGCUGCUGUGGUUACUGGGUCCAAUGAUGGCUCAUGUCACAAGGCUGUAUUGAGCGCGCUCAAAGUGAUCGGCUUCACUCAAGAUGAGAUCGACUCCAUCUACAAGAUCAUUGGGACUAUCCUCCUGCUGGGAAACAUGGAGUUUGAAAACGAUGGGGAGGCAGUGCAGCUAUCGUCAGCCGAUACAGUGAGUCACAUCGCCGAACUCACCGCCACGGAGCCAGAGAGUGUGAGCAAAACCCUGCUGUUCCGCACCGUGGCUACAGGGGGCGGCGAGGUCAUCGAGAAAGGACACAGCAAACAGGAGGCCUGCUUUGGACGUGAUGCCUUCGCCAAGGCCCUGUAUGAGAGACUGUUUGGCUGGAUUGUCAGCCGUAUAAAUGCAGUGAUUGAGGUGAAGAACUACAACCCUGCCCUUCAUGGCAAGAACACCGUCAUUGGUGUGCUGGAUAUCUAUGGCUUUGAGAUCUUUGAUAACAACAGUUUUGAACAGUUCUGCAUCAACUACUGUAAUGAGAAGCUUCAGCAGCUCUUCAUCGAGCUUAUCCUUCGGCAGGAGCAAGAGGAGUACAAUAGAGAGGGCAUCACAUGGCAGCAUAUUGACUACUUCAACAACCAGAUCAUAGUGGACCUGGUUGAGCAGUCUCAUAAGGGGAUCAUCUCUAUCCUGGAUGAGGCCUGCCUAACUGUGGGUAAUGUCACCGACACAGUCUGCCUGGAGAGCAUGAACACCAAGUUGGGCCAACACCCACACUUCACAUCCCGCAAGCUCUGUCCCACUGACAAGACCAUGGAGUUCCACCGAGACUUCCGCAUCCGUCACUACGCAGGCGAUGUCACUUAUUCUGUCGAAGGGUUUCUGGACAAGAACAAAGAUCCACUCUUCCAAGAUUUCAAGAGGCUCAUGUACAACAGUUCUGAUCCCGUCCUGAAAGACAUGUGGCCAGACGGUCAGCUCGGCAUCACAGAGGUAACCAAGCGACCCCUGACGGCCGCCACCCUCUUUAAGAACUCCAUCAUCGCCUUGGUGGACAAGCUCGCCUGCAAGGAGCCCUACUACGUGCGCUGCGUCAAGCCCAAUGAGAUGAAGUCAGCAGUGCUGUUUGACGACGCCCGCUGCCAACACCAGGUGGCAUACCUGGGCCUGCUAGAGAAUGUGAGGGUGCGGAGGGCAGGCUUCGCCUAUCGACAGCCCUACGCCCGCUUCCUACAGAGGUAUAAGAUGACGUGUGAGUACACGUGGCCCAACCACCUGAUGGCGACGGACCGUGAGGCGGUGGAGGCCAUCGUGACGCAGCACGGUUUCGAGGGAGAUGUGGCGUAUGGACACACCAAGCUGUUUGUGCGCACGCCACGCUCUCUCUACACACUGGAGCAGGAGAGGGCAGCACUCAUCCCCAUCCUCGUGCUCUUCCUACAGAAGGUGUGGCGGGGCACGUUGGCUCGCAUGCGUUGUCGCCGGAUGCGCGCCAUCUACACCAUCAUGGGCUGCUACAAGCGCUACAAGGUGAAGGCCCACUUCUGGGAGGUGGAGAGGCGCUUCGCCGGCGUACGCAGCAUGGACGACUACGGCAAGAGCGUGGAAUGGCCAACGCCGCCCGCAGCCCUCACAGAGUUCCACGCCAUCACGCAGCACCUGCAUCGCAGGUGGCGAGCCAGGCAGAUCAUUAAGAACAUCGCCCCGUCAGAUAUGCCCGAGGUGAGGGCCAAGGUGGCGGCCCUUGGGGCGCUGGCUGGGGAGCGCUCCGACUGGGGCUGUGGACGCCCCUGGGAGAGAGACUACCUGGCCAACGCCCGAGACUCACCGCAGACCAGCGCUAACUUCUCCCGUGCCGCCAAGGAGUUGAGGGGGAAAGACCAGUACGGCCAGACCCUCUUCUCUGGCUCUGUACGCAUGCUGAACUGGUUCAACAACACCAAAGACAAAGCGCUGUUGAUCACAGACAAACACGUUUACAGACUGGAUUCCAAGAAAUACAAGGUGAACAAGAGGAUACCACUGGAGACUGUGACCAGUUUGAGCGUCACUAGCGGAAGUGACCAGAUGGUGGCGCUACACACUUCCAAUCAGGACGACUUCCUGGUCUACCUGCAGCGCGGUCAGCUCUGCACAAACCAGGACCGUGUCGGGGAGCUCGUGGGGACCCUCUGUGACCACUUCAGAAGAGUAAGGGACACUGAUCUUCCAGUCAAGGUGUCUCAGAGGGGUCUAAGCGUGUACAUGAGUGGCAAACAAAAAAGCAUCACUGUGGAAACCAAGGCUGGCCAGGUCACCCCAGACUUCCGCAAGAGCCGUGGAGGCUACACCUUAUUUCUGCCUCAAUGACCUGGAACACACACACACACACACACACACACACACACACACAAGCUUUCAGGAACUGUCUGAGUCAGUAAUUUAAUACUUUCAAAAUGUAAAACUCAGUGAAAAGUACUGGAAAAAUAUCAACUUUUGUACAGUCAUAUUGUCAGAUUAUUGACCAUGUUCAACUGGUGACUGUUCCUUUAAUUUAGACCAAGUUCAAUUUCUUAACCUAUUCAAAGGAUGUCUGAUUUAUGCUCUGUACUAGCUUGAUGUUAAGGGAACCAUUUUUUUUAUUCACUACUGUAUUUUAUGAGACAUAAGAGAUGAAUAUAUAGUUUAUUGUAAUUGAUAUUUGAGAGAAUAGCUAUUUUAUGCACAUUACUGUAACCUCUGUGAUCUAUUGAUCACGCCUUUCAGGCAAUUAGUUGGUUAUGUCCGCAAGAUACUAUGCUGAAUUUCACUUCACAUUCCAGGUGAAAGCCAACUGUAGACCCCUGUAGUGUCCCUGGCCUCUGUAGUUUAUUGAUCAUACCUGUGAGCUGAUCGGUUGGUUAUGUCUGUCAGAUGCUAUGCUGAAUUUCACUCACAGCUUCAUUCCAGGUGGAAGCCUACUGUAGGCUAAACAUGACCUGGAUUCUCCUUAGCAGUAUUUCACUCUGGCACUGUUUAAUAAAAAACAGUCAUGGUU